AUGAAAACUAUAAAAAUUUAUCAAGUAGAUGCUUUUACUGAUGAAAUCUUCCGAGGAAAUCCCGCUGCAGUAUGUCCGUUAGACAAAUGGUUGAACAAUGAUUUAUUACAAAAAAUCGCCGCAGAAAAUUUUCUUCCUGAAACCGCAUUUUUCGUUCGAAAUGUCGAUUCAUCCAACAAUGAAAGUUAUGACAUCAAAUGGUUUACACCUGAAAUUGAAAUGGAUUUAUGUGGACAUGCCACAUUAGCUUCUGCACAUGUUUUGUUCAAUCAUCUUCAUUUAAAUACAAAUCGAAUUAUUUUCAAUUCCAAUAGUGGAAAAUUAAUUGUCGAAAAACAAAGUCAUUUGAUUAUUCUGAAUUUUCCAUCACGAAUGCCUAUUGAAGUUGAGUUACCUGAAGUGAUUCUCAAUGGAAUCGGAAGAAAACCAAUGAAAACAUUGAAAUCGAGAGAUUAUAUUUUAAUCUAUGAAAAUGAAGAUAUGAUAAGAAAUAUUCGACCAAAUGAACAAAUUCUAAAUGAAAUAAAUCUUGAUCCUGGAGGAAUCAUUGUUACUGCAAAAGCCAAUGCAAAUAAUGAUCAAAUUGAUUUUGUUUCGAGAUUUUUCACUCCUCAAUCAAGUAUUUUCGAAGAUCCAGUCACUGGUUCAGCACAUUGUUCGUUGAUUCCUUAUUGGAGUGAACAAUUACAAAAAACAACAAUGAUUGCUUUACAAAUAUCAAAACGAAUUGGCAAAAUCUUUUGUGAAAAUUUAACUGAUCGAGUUUUAAUCAGUGGAACAUGUCAAACUUAUUUAGAAGGACAAAUUUAUAUCAAUGAUCAUGAUGAAUAUUCUUUUCAUGAUAGAAUUAAAUAA